AUGGUAAACGCUUGUUGCCAUGUGUGCUUAAAAAUAAUUUCACUUACUUUGAAUGGCACUUUUAGGAAACAUGGUUCACCCUCCUGCCUUAAUUCCCGAGAAUUCCCCCUCCCUUCUCUCCCAAAUCUUUUUAUUAGAUCUCCCCACUCGUACGACCCCAGUCCUGAUUGUCGUUCCCCAAAUUCUGUUGAUUUAUUCCUUAUUUCCCUUAAACCCCCAGUUUUAUCUAGGAUCCCCAUAGCUGCCCGAGAGUCGAUUUCAAAAUUCCUCACAUCUCUUAUAAAUAAUUUGAAUUCAGAUUUCUCCUCAACCCCUUUAUGGUUAGACUUGAUCAGUUUUUGUUUUCGAGUUCUAGCUAAGCCUAAAAAUAGAAUAAAUAAUUUAUCUGCCUCAAUUAAGGAGAAAGUGUCCAAUUUUGGAAAUUCCAUUAUUGAUGAUUUCACCCCUUCUAUUUCUUUAAAUCCUAACUCUUUCCGCUGUAAAUUGAUCUCUGAAAAAUUAGAUCUUGGUGAUAUCAGUGGUGCUGCCCGUAUUCUAACUUCUGAUGAUACCAUUUCUCCUAUCAAUGCUUCUAUUUUUCAACAGCUUCUCGAGAAGCAUCCACCUGCUUCCCCAUUUAACAUUCACCCUCUCGGCUCUUCUCCUGCUCCCUUUUCCUGCGAUGAAAUUCUCAAGUGCUUGAAGUCCUUUAAGAAAGGGACGACAGGUGGAUUAGACGGUUUCAGACCAGGGUUCUUUGUUGAUCUAAUCCGUUGCACUGAUAGUGGUUUCAUUGACCCUUUGCUUAAAUCAGUAACCGAACUUUGUAAUAAUAUCCUCAUAUGCGAAGUUCCUCUUGAUAUCCGCCCCAUCCUUUUUGGUGCUCGUCUUGUUUCCUUAACCAAACCGGAUGGUGGUGUUAGACCAAUAGCCAUAGGAUCGUUUUUUCGUAGAUUAGUAGCCAAGGUCAUAGUCAAUAGGAUCCGUUCUAAGGCCAGUUCCCUCCUUUUUCCCGCUCAGUUAGGAUUUGGAGUCAGAGGCGGAUGUGAAGUGGCCUCACAUGUAGCUCGUAUUUUUAUAAAUACUGAGGCUGAGAAGGUUUUCUGUAAGUUAGAUUACAGAAAUGCCUUCAAUAGCAUUCAUAGGAGCUCAUUCCUACCCUCCUUCCUACAACAUUUUCCUAAAUAUUGGCUUAAUUCUUGCUACGGUUUUCCCUCGUUGCUUAAAUUCGGGAAAUUUUUCAUAUUCUCUGAAGAGGGGAUCCAGCAAGGUGAUCCACUAGGUCCCUUGCUCUUUACAUUAGGUAUUCAGGACUUUAUAAAAAAUUUGAAACCAGAUUUCAAUUUAGAUCUAAAUCUAUGGUAUCUCGACGAUGGCUCGUUUGGCGGAUCUUUACCCAAUGUUUUGUCGGCCAUCGAGUACGUUGAGAUAGAAGCCUCUAAAAUUGGUCUUUCCCUUAAUAGGAAGAAAUGCGAAAUCUCCUCUCUUAACAACGUAGUUUUUAUCCCUCCCCCUGAUUUUAAAAUUAUCUUGCACGAGGAUCUCUGUCUUUUGGGUUCUCCUAUCGGCUCCUCAUCUUCCUUCUGUCAAAAUUUUUUUGACAAUCUGAUCCAAUCUCUCUUUAACUCUCUUAAGAUUCUUCCUCAUCUCCCCAAGCAUCAGUUCUUUUUCCUCACAAAAAAAUGCUUGUUCUUACCUAAAUUCUUACAUAUCUUUAAAUCUUCUCCUGCUUUCCAAUAUGAUCACCUUCUGAAGUCCUUCGAUUUAAAAUUUAAACAUUUUAUCGAAUCGCUUUUAGUCCUAAACUUUUCCGACUUUAAUUGGUCCUUUGCCUCUAUGCCCGCUUUCCGGGGGUUGAACGAUCCCCUUUUAAACUCUGCCAAACAAUCUUGGCUAACUCUAGUUCUUGAAGGAUCCGGGCAGCCAGUCUCCAGCCAUCUAAAGAGCUUCCUGGUCCCCAUGCUUCAAUGUGCUUUUGAAAAACUUUGUUCGUUUGCCGAUCUAACUAACCUUCAACUACUCAGAAACGCAAAAAAAAAUUCUAACGGCCAUGAAUGGCUAGACGCGAUUCCGAGUGGUAAAAAGGAAACGUUACUCACAAACGACGAGUUCCAAAUAGCCAUUGGUCAUAGGCUAGGUUGCCUUAUCCUUUCUAUUGACACCUGUGCGGCAUGUAAUAAGCAGGUGGAUCUAUUCUCUAGACAUUGUUUCUCUUGUCUCAAAGUCAGUGGCCGUUUCUUGAGACACGACAACAUAAAUAGGUUAAUCGGCAAAUCUUUGAUUUCGGCCGGUUUCUCCAAUAGCUUAGAGCCGUUAGGUCUCCUAAAUGAGGAUGGUAAGCGUCCCGAUGGCAUGUCUUUGACAUCUUGGCACUGUGGAAAAAGACUUGUCUGGGAUGUCUCUUGCGUUACCUCUUUCCCUGCUAACAGAAACUCUGACCCCUUGGAUCUCCAAGAAACUAAUAAAAUCAACAAAUAUAGAUCCCUCAUUAAUUCUUUUAUUUUUAUCUCCCUAAUUUUUAGCGUUUUGGGUAUUAAAUUAAAAAAAUAA